AUGUUCUGCAGAUAUUUUUCCUUCUUUGGUCUGUGUCUUUUUCUUCCAACCCAAAGGUAAGUCUCUCUGGGUCAUGGAUCCAGCUUGCAUGGCAGGGGCACAGCGUCCCUCCCUGGAUUUGAGAACCUCACCAUGGGGUACAACAAAUACCUCCGGCCCUACUUUGGUGGAGAACCUGUACAAAUUGCAAUGAGUCUGGACAUUGCAAGUAUUUCUAGUAUAUCUGAGAGUGACAUGGAUUACACAGCCACCAUCUCCCUGCGGCAGCGCUGGACAGACCCUCGGCUGGUCUUCCAUGGCAACAAGAGCUUCACGCUGGAUGCUCGCCUGGUGGAGUUGCUCUGGGUGCCAGACACCUACAUUGUGGAGUCAAAAAGGUCUUUCCUGCACGACGUCACUGUGGGCAACCGCCUCGUCAGGCUGUUCUCUAAUGGCACUGUCUUGUAUGCCUUAAGAAUCACUACUACUGUUGCCUGUAACAUGGACCUGUCAAAAUACCCUAUGGACACCCAAACAUGCCGACUGCAGCUAGAAAGCUGGGGCUACGAUGAGAACGAUGUCACCUUCACCUGGCUGAGGGGAAACAACUCCGUGCACGGCAUGGAGAAGCUGCGGCUCUCCCAGUACACAGUGGAGCGCUACCACACCCUGGUCUCCAAGUCACAGCAGGAGACAGGCAGUUACCCACGACUGAUAUUACAGUUUGAACUGAGAAGAAAUGUCCUUUACUUCAUACUGGAGACCUAUGUGCCCUCCACUCUGCUUGUCAUGUUGUCCUGGGUUUCUUUUUGGAUCACACUGGACUCAGUGCCUGCAAGAACCUGCAUUGGAGUUACAACAGUGCUUUCUAUGACAACUCUGAUGAUCGGCUCACGAAGUUCACUUUCAAAAACCAACUGUUUCAUUAAGGCCAUUGAUGUUUAUCUUGGCAUCUGCUUCAGCUUCAUCUUUGGUGCCCUUGUGGAAUAUGCAGUGGCUCACUACAGCUCCUCACAGAAAUGUGCAGCUAAAGUACCAGAAGAGGGGCCUGCAAAUGAACUGACUGAAGAAAUGGAAGAAGUUAACAUCACCAACAUCCUCAAAAAUUCCAUCACCAGCUAUAAACAAAAAAUCAGCUUCACAAGCAUUGAGAUUUCCAGCGAUAAUGUUAACUGCAGUGACUUGACCAUGAAAAACCAUGAGAAAAUCAAAUGUGCCUUGAGGAACAAAAUGCACAGGAUCAUUGGUUAUUUCACAAUUCAGAACCCUGGCAAUGUGGACCACUACUCCAAAUUGCUUUUCCCUUUGUUUUUCAUGGUGGUCAAUGUGUUUUACUGGGCUUAUUAUCUAUAUUUUUAG